AUGGCCCUCCAUGCUGCACACCGUCGUGCGCUUUACCUUCAUCACGCGAAGCACUUGUCUCAGUACUCUGAUGCACAUGAUUACUAUCGACUAAUGAUGUGGUGUCACGAUCAACACAUUUUUAUCCACCCGACUGUCCGGAUUCAUAGACGACCAUCACCCUAUCGUGACCACGCGUUCGUUGUCACCGAAGAUGUGGAUCGGUUAACACCGCUUUUCGCUAUUCCAGAGGCACUUGCCAUCGGUUUUAAAGAUACAAGUGAGGCAGAGAAUAAUCUACGGGACGAGGAGAGGGAAAAGGAGUUUAAUAAGUUGAAUACGGGAGAGCAAAGCGAUGCGGACAUAUGCCAGUUCUUCUUUGACUCACUGGGUAUGAUUGUGUCUGAUCUCAUAACUUCUAUAGGCAGCCCAUUGACUGAUCCUCGCUGGGCCUUCGCUGAGCUUCUGGGAAGGGUCCGGUCCAUGAAGAACGCCCCAUACUUUGAAGACGAUGUGGUACUAGACGCAGAAGCUACAGGUCUGGCGGAUGUGCUUCUACAGAUGAUACGGAAUUAUAUCAACGGUGGUCCCCUUGUGGGUAAAGUUGACAGAGCUCAGUUAAGGUGGGCAGUGAGUACUUGUUUAUCGCACUCCACUCCGCUAGUGAUUGGGGCGACACGCUCAAUUGGAAUUAUUCCAAUGGUGCACUUAUUUCCGCAUGGGGGGAAGAACACAAAUUCGCUUGUUGUUGCGCGGACGUCCCAACAAUCGUCUGCUACACGCAUGGCUGCAUACUUUGCGCGACAUCACCAGUACGACUUCAUGUGUGAGCAAGACGGAAAGUGGAUUUACGUCGUCCCCGCCAGGGCGCUCAGGGCAGGUGAAGAGAUUUGUAUGCAGACAAUGGCACCUGUCUGUGGAAAGGACUCCGAAGCAGAAAAAAUGUGGCGUUUGUCGUGUGGUACGCCACCCGAGGAUUACGUACCCUCAGCGGCUGUGGCUCACCAACAAGAUAUUAUCACGAAUGAACUCAUCCGAAAAGGUGAACAAAUUAUCUCCACAGAGUACGGCAAGUAG